AUGAAGAUAAAAGAGGCUAAAACUCAAGUUUGGGCAUUAGAAAUGAAAAGAGAUGAAAAAGAAGUUAAAAGUCCUCUUGAAGUGUGCAACCACUCAAGUAUUGCUGGAUGCUUUAAACAUGGAGCAUUAAGGGGUAUAUGUCAUGGAUCAAAGAUCAAGACACAUACUUGGCAAGACAUGAGUGGACUGGCUAGUCACUUUACUAUUUUCUCCUUUCUUCUCUACCAAACCCUACGAAAGAAGGUUUUCUCUCAACAUUUCUUCCCUUUCUUCCUUUCUCAAUCUCAUCACUUUCUCCCCUCUCUUCUUGGUUCAACAUUUCUUGGUUCAACACCUGGCUCUGAGCUUUCUGUUGAGGAGCGAAAUCUUCUCUCUGUCGCUUACAAGAACGUGAUUGGCUCACUUCGAGCUGCUUGGCGGAUUGUUUCUUCCAUCGAGCAAAAGGAAGAGAGUCGUAAGAAUGAAGAGCAUGUUGUUCUUGUUAAGGAUUAUAGAUCAAAGGUUGAGUCUGAGCUUUCCGAUGUCUGCGCGAGUAUUUUGCAGCUUUUGGACUCGAAUCUUAUUCCAUCUGCCUCUGCUAGUGAGUCUAAGGUCUUCUACUUGAAGAUGAAAGGGGAUUACCAUAGGUAUUUGGCGGAGUUUAAGGUUGGAGAUGAGAGAAAAGCUGCUGCUGAGGAUACUAUGCUGGCUUAUAGGGCUGCUCAGGUAUUUGUGGCUCGCUUUUUCUUUUUACUUUUUUUGGUAUUAGUGAGACCGUGUGGAUGA